GGGUUUCUCAUGAAACCCGUAAAAAGCAUCUCGCAGCGCGCAAAACAGGCGGCUCGAGCACAGAUACGCAUCUGGGGCAGCCGCACCAAGCGCAAGAAUAGCAAAAUCUUACGUAUCACCGCUCCGGGCAGCAUGCGUCGCGCCCUCGCCGCCCUCACCCUUCUCACAGCCCAUGCAGCCAACAUCGCCUCGGAGCUCGAAGCAUUCGUCGACGCCGCGGCCGGCGCGCCAACGGCCCCGGCGUCGGACCGCGUUGUCUUCGUGAAGACGUAUAAGACGGGCUCCACCACCGUAAGCGAGUUCCUCGCGCAGAUCGGCUACGAGCGCGGGCUGCACGCGCUGCACCCGUCGGAGAGCGGCCACUUCAAGGCCGGCGAGCUGAAGCGCCGCGCGGACCGGGGCGAGCGCUUCGACUUGUCGUUCCGCCACCCGACGCCGACGCUCGACGUUUUGAGUUUGGGCCGCCUCGUGCCGAACGCGCGGUGGUGCACGAUCAUGCGCGAGCCCGUGUCGCGCUUCGUCUCGACGAUGCGCUUCGUGCGGCGCCUGGACGAGCGCUUCCGCGGCAACGCCGCCGCGUUGGUCGACUCGAUCCAGAAGAAGCGCCUCCCCGACGGCGACGCGAACACAUUCUGCAACAACGUCGCGUGGGUUUUAAGCGGAGAACAGCGCACGCUCGCCUACGGCGUAUCCCGCGAGGAGCAGCUCGCGGCCGCGGCCGCCAUCACGGCGCGCCUCGACGCGCACGAGACGCUCGUGCUGAUGCAGAAGGACAUGUCCGCGUCUCUCGCAUUGCUCGCGUCGUCGCUGAACUGGGACCUCGCGGCGUCGCCGGCGAGGCUCCGCUCGGCGCGAGUCGCGCGGGGCCGCCGCGGCGCCGCGCGCUGCGAGGACGCCGCGUGCAGGAACGCCGUCCUCGCGUGCAACGCCGCGGACUCGCAGCUCUACGAGACGUACGAGCGGCGCUUCGACGCGGAGAUCGCGCGCCGCGCCGGCGACGAGCGCUUCCGCGCGAACAGGCGAGCCGUCGUCGCGGCGCCCGCGCGCAACGCGCCGCCCUUCGCGUCGAAGUACCCGAUCAACUGCCAGCAGCCGAACACGGGGCCGCCGGAGCGGCGGCGGUGGAAGCUGCUGAAUUCGUGCGGGGGGCGGGUGGACUAA